UGUUGAGUGUGGAUGUGACGUUCUGUGCUCGGACGGUACAGCUGCUAACGCGUUUUUAGCAGCACCGACACACGCGUUUCUAGAAUCCACAUUGAUGGUCGAACAUCUUUUAAGCGCCCACGACAAUAUCGAGUGCAUAUGUGAAUGUUUAAUUACCUCAUGUUUGGGUAGCGUUUGAGAAAGGAUUGAGUGAGGAAACCAAACACGUUGGCAGCAUCGCAGGAUAAGACGACAGGCCCUCCCUCAGACCAAAACCUACGCAGACUUCACGAGCCUGCGAGAACAAAAUUGAUGCCUAAAUCCCAAUCGAAAAAAUCCUAGCCGGAAGGAUCGUGCCCUAUCUGGACGCAGGAUCUGCCGGAGAAUGGGUCCUCAAGCCAGGUUUUCUGUCUCCUAAGUGCAGAAAAGUUGCAGUUUGGAUGGAAUUUCACUGCGGAAGAAGAGCGAAGAGAAUAAAAGUCGAGCCAAGUCUCUGCUGACCUCGAAUCCCUUCAAUAAUGCGACGUUCGUGGCGCUGGCGAGUCUACGUGCUGGCUUGGAUAGUGUGUGCAUACCUCACCAUCAUGGCCGCCAUCUCCCUCAUGUCGGACAAUCUCAGCGAUAAGAAUCUCGACCCCAGGUCCAUCAAUGGCAUACCUUUCCGUGGCGUGUGGGGUUGGAACGGCCCCAAUGGAGGAGGUCGGGGUGCGAGGCUGCAGUGGUGCAAGGAGCUCAAGUUUGUGGACCCUCCUGGUCAGGUCACGGCGCUUGCAUCCUUCCCGGGGUCCGGUAACACUUGGGUGCGCUAUCUGCUGCAGCAGGUCGCAGGUUACUACACUGGCAGCGUUUAUAAAGAUUUCGCUCUGAUGAAGAACGGGUUCCCGGCCGAGUCGAUUUCCAACGGUUCGGUGAUCAUCGUCAAGACACACGAACACGGCGAACAGGUGAGAGCUCCAUUUUCGCGGUCAGUUCUGAUCAUCCGGGACCCGUUCCAGUCCAUCAUGGCGGAGUUCAACCGACAGAGCGGCGGCCACAUCGGCCAUGCCCUGCCCGACAAAUACAGCAAAGAUAACGGCAGAUACUGGAAAUCGUUCGUAAAGAACAAGGCCAUAUCCUGGACCAAUACCAACCUGGACUGGUUGCAAUUCAAGGGUCCCCUGCACAUCCUCUUCUACGAAGACCUGCUUGAUAAUUUACCUCAAGAAAUUAGAAAGAUAUUGGAAUUUCUCGACAUCGAGGUGGACGACCAAAGUUUUGACUGCAUGAUGAGACACAGCGAUGGUAUUUACAAGAGACGGAAAAGAAAUUUGAGUUUUAAUCCAUAUACUCUUGAUUUGAAAAACCUCAUCGAUUACUGCAAAAAAAUUGUAGACGCGGCUGUCAAAGCUUAUUUUACUAAUUCGGCCAACAUAGAUGACUUUGUGAGCUCUCUUAACCUGACAAGAUUGUCGGAAGUCGUCACAGACUCUAGUCAAAAGCCAGAAGUUAAAUUUUCUAGAUGAUAUCUAAGUUGUUAUUCCUUUUCUUUUGUCCCAAAAAUGACAUAAAGUGAAGUAUUAUGUCUGAAAACUGCCAAGUAACUGAUAAAGUUCUAAAAUAUUUAUUACAAUAUUUGAAUUAUGAGAACCGCGAUUGCAAUAGCGGCUGCCUUCAUUGAUGAAACAUUUAUAAUUGCUUAGAAAAUUUCAAUAUCUAAUGUGCGUUA